AUGGACGUCGAAUCGCGAAACUUCGAAUACAAUGAGAGUAGCCAGAGAGUCUUGUUUGGCAAAGGUGUUCUCGCCAAGUUAGCCACUGAGGUUGCGGCGCUUGGUUGUAAAGCGCCAUUGUUGUUGACAACUCCCCAGCAAGCCUCGGCCGUUCAAGAUCUUACCCAGAUACUAAACGGUCAUGUCGCGGGUUCUUUCACCCGUGCCACAAUGCACACCCCAACAGAUGUUACAGAAGAGGCACUGGUAUAUACGAAGACCACGAAUGCGGACUGUCUCUUGUCAAUUGGUGGCGGAAGCACGGUUGGCCUGGGCAAAGCAUUAUCUCUUCGGACUGGCUUGCCUCACAUCUGUAUUGCAACGACAUAUGCUGGAAGCGAGAUGACACCCAUCGUGGGUGAAACUAAAAAUCAGCAAAAGGUGACUCGUGUUGACCGGGCAGCAAUUCCCAGGGUAGUCAUCUACGAUGUCAAUCUCACCUUGAGUUUGCCCACGGGCAUGAGUGCAACAAGUGGCCUUAAUGCAAUGGCGCAUGCCGUCGAGGCUCUAUAUGCAAAAGAUACGAGCCCGAUUGUUCGCAUAUUUGCCCUCGAGGGAAUUCGAUCCCUGGCCUCUUCGCUUCCUGGAGUGAUGGAAAGCUCUCAGUCAAUUGCUUUCCGUUCAGAGGCUCUACUCGGCGCUUGGUUAUGCGGUAAAUGCCUAGCAAUGACAACCGUCGCGCUCCAUCAUAAACUCUGUCAUGUUCUAGGCGGAACUCUCAAUUUACCGCAUGCCGAAACCCACGCCAUUGUCCUGCCUCAUGCACUGGCUUACAUAGCACCUGAUAUCCCGCAAGUCAUGAAGGACCUCGCGGAAGUCAUCCCACAUAGUGAAGGGGAUGCCAUUCAAGGACUAAACAGAUUGGUGUCUAAACUAGGAAUUCCGUCGAGCCUAAAGGCUCUGGGUAUGAAGGAGGACGAUAUUGAGCUGGUUACAGAUAAUCUGAUGAUGCUCACAUUUUGGAACCCUCGACCAGUCAAUAAGGAUUCAGUGCAGAAGAUGAUACGGCGGGCGUGGUUAGGAGAACCGGCUCGUAUAGACAUUUAG